CUCUCAGAGAUCGACUUGUCGCGCGGCCUGAAGAGGGACCACAUAGAUCACAGAAUGCUUGAGCCACCGAGGGAUCGUCGUUUCCAUAGCAUCCACUUCGCCUUCUGAUAUCACAAACUUUUAAGAAGACGGCGUGAAAGUGGGGAAUUGCUGGAGACCUCCCGAUUCGCGAAAUGUUGGAAUGGAAGGCGCAGACUCCGACUCGCCGUCUCAAACAGGAGUAUGAAGUGCUUCGCGGAUCUGGGAUCAACGAGAGAGAAACUUGGUUUUCUUCGGAUAUCGCACAACGCUCACGGGAAAAUACACUAGCGCGGAAAACGAGCGGUUCGGCGCAGACUUUGCAACAUGGCCUCGGCUGUUAAUGUCUCCUCCGAGCAGGAAAACAGAGACCCCGAUCGGCCGAGGUUAACGCGGAGAAAUAGGGGGAACUAUCGGAUCGCCGCAGCGGAUUUGGAGUAUUUGCAGCGGCCGAGUUAUUGCGAUGCCGCAUUUGCGUUGGAGCAAAUAUCAGAGGGGAAGGCGACUGGAAGGAAAGCACCGCUGUGGCUGAGAGCAAAGUUUCAAAGACUUUUGUUUAAUCUCGGCUGUUACAUACAGAAGAACUGUGGAAAGUUUUUAGUUGUGGGCCUUUUAAUAUUUGGAGCUUUUGCUGUUGGUUUAAGGGCAGCUAAUUUGGAGACGGACGUGGAGAAACUCUGGGUAGAAGUUGGCGGCAGGGUGAAUCAAGAACUCAAGUACACGCGGCAGAAGAUCGGAGAGGAGGCCAUGUUUAGUCCUCAGCUCAUGAUCCAGACGCCACGGCAGGAAGGUGCUAACAUUCUGACGGUGGAGGCGCUAAAACAGCACCUCGACUCUGCCAUCAAGGCUAGCAGAGUGCACGUUUACAUGUACAACAGACAGUGGAAAUUGGAACAUUUAUGCUACAAAUCAGGAGAACUCGUCACAGAAACCAAUUUUGUUGACCAGAUUAUAGAGAAACUGCACCCAUGUCUAAUCAUCACUCCUCUGGACUGCUUCUGGGAAGGUGCUAAACUGCAUUCAGGAUCGGUCUACCUCCCUGGCAAACCUUCAAUGCAGUGGACCAACUUUGAUCCAAUGGGAUUUAUUGCUGAUCUGAAAGAGAUGAAGAUUCCAGUGGACACAUGGGAGGAGAUGCUGGUCAAAGCAGAGGUGGGUCAUGGUUAUGUGGACCGCCCCUGCCUGAACCCCGCAGACCCCGACUGCCCAUUGACAGCUCCUAACAAGAACACAACACAGCCUUUAGACGUGGCUCGUGUUCUGACUGGUGGCUGUUAUGGGCUUUCCAAAAAGUACAUGCACUGGCAGGAGGAGCUUAUCGUAGGCGGGACCAAAAAGAACGACAGCCGCAAACUUCUUAGUGCACAGGCCCUUCAGACCAUGUUCCAGCUCAUGACCCCAAAGCAGAUGUACGAGCACUUGAAGGGUUAUGAGGAGGUCUCGCACAUCAACUGGAACGAGGACAAAGCAGCUGCCGUACUGGAGGCCUGGCAGAGGAAAUACUCUGAGGCGGUCCAGCAAAGUGUGUCUUUAAAUUCUUCCCAGAAAGUUCUCACGUUCACCACCACCACCUUAGAAGACAUCCUCAAGUCCUUCUCUGAUGUCAGUGUGAUUCGCAUCGCUAGCGGCUACCUCCUCAUGCUCGCCUAUGCGUGUCUGACCAUGCUGCGAUGGGACUGUGCCAAGUCCCAGGGAGCCGUGGGGUUAGCCGGAGUAUUGCUGGUCACUUUGUCCGUCGCUGCUGGACUGGGGCUUUGCUCUCUCUUGGGUAUCUCCUUUAAUGCCGCUACCACACAGGUGUUGCCAUUCCUGGCCCUCGGCGUAGGAGUGGACGAUGUCUUUCUAUUGGCUCACGCUUUCAGCGAGACCGGCCAGAACAAAAGAAUUCCAUUUGAGGAUCGGACUGGCGAGUGUUUAAAGAGGACUGGAGCGAGCGUAGCCCUCACCUCUAUCAGUAAUGUCACGGCUUUCUUCAUGGCCGCCCUCAUUCCUAUUCCUGCACUACGAGCCUUCUCCUUACAGGCGGCAGUGGUCGUGGUGUUCAACUUUGCUAUGGUGCUACUCAUCUUUCCUGCCAUCCUUAGCAUGGAUCUGUACCGCAGAGAGGAUCGCCGAUUUGACAUCUUUUGUUGUUUUGUCAGCCCCUGUGCCAACCGAGUGAUUCAGUUGGAGCCGCAGGCAGCGUACGGCGACUCCUCCGCUGAAUCCAGUCGUUACAGUCCUCCACCCUCUUACAGCAGCCACAGCUUCGCCCAGCACACCCAAAUCACCAUGCAGUCCACCGUCCAGCUGCGCACUGAGUACGACCCCAGAACGCAGGCCUACUACACCACGGCCGAGCCCCUUUCUCACAUCUCCGUCCAACCCUUUGCCCCCAACCCCAAUCACAACAACAAUAACAACCACAACGGCAGCAGCACGGGAGUUAGGGCGAGCCCACCGGGAAGCGCCUCUGCUACGGGUGGCCCUGUCUUGGACACGGCAUCCUGCCAGAGCCCAGACGGAGCGAGUUCAACGCGUGAUCUGCUGUCUCAAUUCGGAGAGUCGGGUUUGCGCUGCCUGGAGCCGCCAUGUUCACGCUGGACAUUUGCAUCGUUUGCAGAGAGGCGCUAUGCGCCUUUUCUGCUACAGCCUAAGACGAAGGUGGUGGUGAUUUUACUCUUCUUGGCGUUGCUGGUGGUCAGCCUGUACGGAACCACACGGGUCCGGGACGGUUUAGAGCUGACCGACAUCGUGCCACGGGAGACUGGCGAAUACGACUUCAUUCGUGCCCAGUUCCGGUACUUUUCCUUUUACAACAUGUAUGUGGUCACCCAGAGAGCGGACUACGCUCAGAUCCAGCCUCAGCUGUACGAGCUGCACCAGCGAUUCGGCAGCGUGAAGUACGUCCUGCGAGAGGAAAACGGGCAGCUUCCGCGCAUGUGGCUGCAUUACUUCAAAGACUGGCUACUAGGCUUGCAGGAGGCGUUUGAUAAGGACUGGCAGGCGGGUCGGAUCAUUCAGGGGAACUACAGAAACGGCUCUGAAGAUGGCAUCCUGGCCUACAAACUCCUGGUCCAAACCGGCCGCAGAGAGAAGCCAGUCAACCUUAACCUGCUUACAAGACAGCGAUUGGUGAACGCUGAUGGAAUCAUCAACCCAAAUGCCUUCUACAUUUAUUUAUCUGCCUGGGUGAGCAAUGACCCGGUCGCCUACGCUGCGUCCCAGGCCAACAUCCGUCCACACCCUCCAGAAUGGAUUCAUGACAGGACCGACUCCAUUCCUGUCAGCAGACUCAACAUUCCUGCAGCCGAGCCCAUCGAAUAUGCACAGUUUCCCUUCUACCUCAACGGGCUCCGCGAGACGCCACAAUUCGUGGAGGCCAUCGAGAGUGUCCGUGCCAUCUGCAGCAACUACAGCCGUCAGCGCCUGCCCAGCUACCCAAACGGGUACCCAUUCCUUUUCUGGGAGCAGUACGUUGGCCUGCGCCACUGGCUUCUGCUGUCCAUAAGCGUUGUGCUGGCCUGCACCUUCCUGGUCUGUGCCGUCUUCCUGCUUAACCCCUGGACUGCUGGAAUCAUAGUGCUGGUGCUGUCUUUGAUGACGGUGGAGCUGUUCGGCAUGAUGGGAUUGAUCGGCAUCAAGCUCAGCGCUGUGCCCGUCGUCAUCCUCAUUGCUUCUGUGGGCAUCGGUGUGGAGUUCACCGUUCACGUGGCACUGGCGUUCCUCACAGCCAUCGGGGACAGGAACAAGCGAGCGGUUCUGGCACUUGAGCACAUGUUUGCCCCGGUGCUGGAUGGGGCGUUUUCCACCCUGUUGGGUGUCCUGAUGCUGGCAGGGUCGGAGUUUGACUUUAUAGUCAGGUAUUUCUUCGCUGUUUUGGCCAUCCUGACUGUGUUGGGGGUCUUGAAUGGACUGGUGCUGCUCCCGGUCUUAUUGUCCUACUUUGGCCCUUGUCCUGAGGUGUCUCCAGUGGAUGGGCGAAGCCGACUGCCCACCCCAUCUCCAGAGCCUCCCCCACCGGUGGUCCGCUUCACCAUGCGACCCAGCCACACCACCCCCGGAGCGGGAUCAGACUCCUCCGAUUCAGAAUACGGUUCCAACACUACUGUGUCCGGCAUAAGCCAGGAACUUCAACAAUAUGACCUCCAACCCAACAGGGGGCGAUCUGCCAGGCUUGAAGAGGUGCGGAUCGCCACAGGUGGACGACAAGGCAAUCGUCAAGUGGAGCUGCCAAUGUUUUCUUCUUACUCAGAUGAAUCAAGACAGCAUCAACCACAGCAGCAGUACAGGUCCGCCCAACCGCCCGGUUCUCAGGAUGCUGGACAUCAGUCGUCAAAGCGCUACUGUAGCAGGGACCCUAAGAGGGACUUUGGGAGCGGUCAUCCGCCUCCCCCUCACAGGCCGCGCAUGGAUGCUUUUGAAACCGCUACUGAGCCAGGUGCCCGUUCGGGCCCCAGCCACCGGGAACGCCCAGGGGCACAUCGUCCCCGUUCCCACAACCCUUACCCUCACCCAUCCCAUCCAUCCACAGGCCCCGCCUACUGUCAGCCAAUCACAACGGUGACGGCCUCAGCCUCAGUUACGGUGGCUGUGCAUCCAGGGAUGCCUGGCCAGAGCCCCGCCUACCCGUCCCACCCCUCCAAUCACACUUCAGAAGAUGUCUACACUGACCCUCACUUCUCAGACCCUCAUGUGCCCUACGACGAGAGCAACGGCAGCUCAAAAACAGAGGGCAUGGAGCUGCAGGAUCUAGAAUAUGACACUCAUAAUGUCUCCCACACGAGACCCUCCAGCUGAGCGGUUGAAUGUCGAAGCUCAAACAGCCAAAGAAUGGGACUUCUGUCUGCCUGUGUGGCAGAAACAUGGUGCUGCGUGGCAGGGGCACUUUGACCAGCGGCGCCGUUUUGGUGCUUGACUCUGUUACUGUAUAACCCUGGUGUAUUAUUGUUAAAAGUAUUUAUGUGUACACAUAUGUAAAUAAUGAACGAGAGUAGCUAUUAUUUGACCGGGGUCGUCUGACCGGACGGCGUGCUUGCGUGUUCAUUUGUGUCAAGUGCCCAUCCAUCAUCUGUGUAUCUGUGCCAUGAGGAAACUUCAUGUUUGACAAACAUUUCAGCAUACGGUUGUUGUUGCUGCUUAUAAUAUUGUUGUGAUGUUUGUAUAAUGCUAUGCAAUUAUUUUCUUUAAUUUUAUAGGAUUGUGUGUGUGUAAGUUUGAUUGUUGUUCGUGAGUGCAUGUGUGCACAGGUUUUUCGCUCCACUUCCGGAUUUAAACGUUUAUUAUGAUGAAGUAACGUAAUGUAAUCUCAGUGUUCGGUUAUCAGCAGAUAAUCGGAUUCGAACAGCAUCUCCACUGCACUUCUGAUAAAACACCUGUACAAAACUAGUAUCAAUACUAAAACUGCACAGAUUUCUAUUUUCAGAGGACACAUUCAGGGAAAUCUAUGUAAAGCUUCACGAUAAUAUCCAAGGAAUCGUUUCGUUUUUGCCUACAAGCAAAUGUUUUGAGUGCGUGUGUGGACGUUUGUGUUUUGUGUAUAUUGAAGCGUUAGGAUUUAUGCUUUGUAAUGUUAAUGUGCUUAUCACAAACCUGUGGUAGUUUAAAAAAAACAAUUACUGUUUAACAAUGAAACACGCUAUGCGUGAGAAUUUACCUGAGCAGAAAUGAAGAAGGAAACAUGAGUGAUAGAUGUGAAUGACUGUGUCUGUAAUGUCCUCCGUACUGAACUCGUCUCUGGCGUCUCGUGCCUCCGUGUUUUUUUACUGUAUAACGGCCAGUCGGUGGCAACCCUCAAUUUGCUCAUGACUCCGACUUUACAUUACUGACUAGUAUAGUUUAUCACAGCUGAAAUGUGUUUAUGGUUAUUCAUUCUACUGUGGAAGAUGGGUUUCCAUUGUAGCAUUUUCUUUUUUUUUACGGUAUGGCAUUAUUUCACGUUAUUCCUCAAUUCUGGUUUAAGCUAAACAUUACUGUUACAACAAUAUUGCUAAAGCUUUGGUGGCUUAACAUCAGUGUCUUAUCUCUGUUUAAAUAAGCUAAUGAGCAUUUUAAGGGUGAGUCACAGAAUGGCCAAUCGAUAUAUUCGGUGACCUCUUCGAUGACAAACCACAACUACUGGCCCCAAUUUAAUACGAGCAGUUCUGCUUGCUGACCUCACCUCAUAAAAAUCCACAACAUAACGCCAUGACACUAAUUGGAAGUUCCCAAAAAGUGCAUGCGAGUGCUUUAAGGGUCAAGGGUCAUGGAGCCCCCACUCCUCCAUCACUCUGAGUCUAGUGUGUUUGCGUUUGUAAAAAUGUAUAUGUGUGUGUGUGUGUGUGCGUUUGGUGUCUACCCGAACCUGACCCCCCUCUACGCCUCUUUCUCCAGAAUGACUUCCUGUCAAACAGAUGUCUGCCCUUGUGAGACUUUGUUCUUGACAAAGACCUCAAGAGCAAGUCUGUGUUUUUGAUUGUUUUUUGUUUUGUUUGUUGGUUCUCCUACAUGUCACAUUGGCAGAAAUGGGAGAAAAAUCAUGGCUGGCAACUAUUGUAAUUUUAUAUAUAUAUAUAUAUAAAUAUAUAUAAUCUAUUAUUUUUUUACGUUUGUUUUGCAAUAUUUAUAUUUUUAUAUUAUAAGAUGAUUUUGUUUUGUUCAAUUAUGGUCAUAAUGCCAGUUCUUAACAAUGCAGGGAUAUUUUUACGUCUGUCUGAAAACACUAUUACAGUCUUUUUAUUUUACAUUAACGGAUUUUGAUCUGUAUAAAGUGCUUACUAAUGUUAAAUAGGACAAAAAGAGUAUAUAACAUUUACAGUACAGAUUCAUCAUAGCUCUUAGAGGAUUUUAAAAGGAUGGUUUUUACAGACUGCCAUUUUUCCUUGUUUCGGCGUGGAUGUAUGUCGUUUUCAGUUACAAAGAUAAAUGUAUGCCAUAUAAUUUAUUUAUAUGAAAAUUUAUUUUUGUAGUGUACAUAGUAGUUGUCAAGUUAUUUGACAGAAGUAUAUUUUUAAAGAGUUUAUAUGUAAUGCUUUCAUUUUGCUGAGAACAGAACGGAGAAGACGUGCACACUUGCUUGUUCUCAGACAACUAAAGGUCCAUGUUACAGUGUUAUAUAGAGAGAGUGAGUCCAGUCUGAAGACUGUUUUGGGUUUUGUGAAAAGCUAGCCAUGAACGUAGAAAAAAUGUACUAGCUCUCUGAAUAAUAAUGUUCAAACACUGAUAGAAUUCUAACAAAUAAAAAAUAUUAUAACUUA